UCCAAAAAAGCCGGCUCUAUCGAUUGUAAUCACAUGUGUGAAGUGAAGAGUGUUUUGUUUAUUUUUUUGUGGUGAUUUAGUGAACUAAUUUAAGCACAAACCCGAAAGUGAUCAACGAGCUACGCGUACACAGCCUCAAAAUGAUGCACUACCGCAAGGCGGAGAACGUUGAGCGGGAGUUGAGCAAAAGCGAAUUGCCGUUUGAUGAUUGCAUUACCAAGGAUCUAAAGGAUAUUCUCUGGAUGCAGGUCAAAGGCGGCACCAAAGUGAGCAAUGUGAUUGAGUUUGCCCAGGCUGCGCUGAACAAGGGCGAACACCGCUCUCUGGUGUGGAGUGGCUCUGGCGGUGGAGUGGUCAAAACCAUAUCCUGCGCCGAGGUGCUUAAGCGCAGCCACCCCCUAUACCAGGUGACCCGCAUGGCCUACAACAGUGUGGAGGAACACUGGAAGCCACAGAUGGAGGGCCUCGAGGAAAUCAUUGUCAAUCGCCAGAUACCCACCCUACACAUACUCAUGAGCCUGGACGAGCUGCCCGAGAGCGUGCAGGGAGUGCAGAAACCCAACACAACCAGCGACUAUUGGCAGGAUAAUGGCACGCCUGCUCGUCCUCAGCACCGCCAACAGCAGCAAGGAGCUGCCGGUCGAGCCAAUAAACGCCCCAGAUUUGGACGCAACAAGCAGCAGCAAGGAAACCCGGAACGCAGCACAGAGCAGGUCCCUGUUCCUGUCCCAAGUCAAGCUCAAUGAUGGAUAUCCUGGAUGGAUAUCCUAGUCUUUAACUGAUCUAAACGCCUUGUAUGCUUGGCUUAUCCUUUGAAGGGAUAUGCACGAUUAAAGUAUAAUUUAUAUUGACAUUUA